CGCUCACAUUCAUACCUAUGGACAAUUUAGAGUCACCAAUUAACCUAACAUGCAUGUUUUUGGAUGUGGGAGGAAACCGGAGAACCCGGAGAAAACCCACACACGCACGGGGAGAACAUGCAAAACUCCACACAGAGUUGCCCAAACGGUGAGUCGAACGCAGGUUUUCCCGAUCUCCUGAUCCCCUGACAACAUGCUAACCACUUGGCCACCGUGCGGCCUCAAAGCCAAAAACAUACCACUUCCACACGGGAUGGGAGGAGAGCGUUUUUUUCACUCUGGCUGACUUCAUGGCUUCAUGCAGUGUUAAGGUAAUGUAAGGUAAUGUCUCAUCAAUGUUUUGUGUCGUUACUGCCGCCGAGUGACCAGAAUACUACAGAUCAUUAGUAUUUCAGUAUGUUUUGACUAAUAAUAGACCGUAGUCUACCACAAAACAGACAUCAUUUACUUAUUAAUUAAUUUCUGGAAAUAUAGUGAUAUAGUGAGGGCGCGAUAAUCGAACCGCACUAUUGCGAAGCAUGACUGUAUUAGUUUUGCAUUUGAAAAAAGUACUACGUAAUGCGAUAUAACUGAGGUCAAGUCAAACUCAAGUCACGCGAUUUGGACUCGAGUCACAAUUUUGAUGACUUUGGACUCGAAUUGAGUAUAUCAUCAAAGACUUACAACCCGACUUGGACUUUGACGCUAAUGACUUGGGACUUGAUUCGGACUUUAAAAUGACUUGACAUUUCAGAAAAAUGUGUCCUCAUUCAAAGUAUUCAAGUCACAUGACCGUCAUUUCCAGCAAGACACCGAUUUUCCCACAGAAACUGCCUCAUUGAAUGCAUCCGUUAACGUUCAAUCAGGCUUAAAAUUUGCUUGCUCGGGAUUGGCUCUGAAUAACACCACAACGUGUCAACAUGCUCCCGAGGACAAUUUCAGGCCUCUGACUUCGGGCUUGACACGACCUGUCUUGCUUGACUUGGACUUGCUCGUCUUCACUUGAGUCUAAAAAAGAGCUCAAUAUUCACUCUGGUAAUCAUUUCGAAUAAAUUACUUUCAUUGUCCAUAUUUGGAUGUUUGAGAUUCUGUUUUUUUUUUCACAGUUUCUUUUUCUUCCAGUCUUUUGCUGUUUCCAUUUUCAAAGACUUUUGUCCUGGAUUUCACAUGGUGGGGGGGUUUCAUCACCUGAGAGGGGUGUGGAAUCACGACAAAAAGCUUCACAAAAAGCUCUGCCUUGCGAUGGGCUGGCGACCAGUCCAGGGUGUACCCCGCCUCUCGCCCAAAGUCAGCUGGGAUCGGCUCCAGCAUACCCCUGCGACCCUAAUGAGGACAAGUGGCAUCGUAAAUGGAUGGAUGGGUGGAUUUUCACAACUCUCAAAUCAACAAGUUCAAUUGUGCGCACAAGACUCAAUGCCUCACUGGAUGUGGGAAAGGCGGGACUACCAACGCCAGGGCUCUCCGAAUAAGUAAGGUAGGUGAUUCUACAACAUCACACUUGACACAUGGGGACAAAAUGGUGGACGUGAUCGAUGACGGAGGUAAUUUGAGGAAUGCUGUCAACUGCACAGCCUCAGGCUGUAAAUGGCCUAAAUCUGGAAAAAAGGUCAAAGUGCCCUAUGAAAUCUCCACAGCUUAUUCCAAGAAGCAGAGGAAAUUCAUCAUAAAAAUUCUGAAAGACUUCAUGAAAAGCACCUGCAUUCACUUUAUUAAGAGGACGGAAAAACAUAGAGACUAUCUGUCCUUCAUCUCUGCCAAUGGGUGUUGGUCGCACAUUGGUCGUUGGCAAAACAGACAGCAAAUCUCCUUGAAGGCCAACGGUUGUUUAUUCAGAGAUAUCGUGGAGCACGAGGUUCUCCAUGCACUUGGAUUCCACCAUGAGCAUGUUCGUUCAGACAGAGACGACCAUGUCAACAUUCAUUAUGAAAACAUCAGGCCAGGACGGGAAUAUAAUUUUGAAAUUCAGGAAACCAACAACCUGGGUACCCCCUAUGAUUUUAAAUCUGUGAUGCACUACAACCAAUUUGUCUUCUCAAAAAACGGCAAACCAACCAUCACUGCCAAAGACAAGUCUGUCACUAAUUUUGGCACUGCAACUGAGAUGAGCACUAAUGACUAUGCACGUGUCAACAAACUUUAUAAUUGCUGUGAGUAA